CAAUCUUCAAACAAGCGACACAAGGCGACGUUUUUUCGGUGCCGUGUCCCACCAAACGAUCCCGCGUGGUGACCCGAAAUGGCAUGGAUGUGUUCAUGGCGGUAGAGAACGUGGUCAGGUGUGCCGAAAUUACCAGCGGAUCCGCCUACAAGACGCUCGACAUUGCCGUGAAUUUCCCAAUCCUUUCCCUAGAACUCAAUGCCUCCGGGACGUUGCUCGCUGUCGUGGGUGAGUGCGCCGUCGUUGUCACCUCCUUGCCAUCACCGGGCUUCAUGCAGCGCGGUGCACAGACCAUCACGGUUAAGAACUACAGCGUGGGCGUGCGUGACUGUGCGAUCUUAAAAGUUCUCUGGAACGGCGCUGCGCGCCAUGAUUCCACAUUGCUCACACUCAGCGCGGACAAUGUCAUCCGCCUGUACGAUCUUGCGCUUUCGCACCACUACCCACACUCUGAGUACAAUGUUAAGCCGCAGAGACAGAGUGGCUUCUUCUCUGCCGAAGCGAUGGAGGGAGAACCAGUUUCUAUAUCCUUUGGCGCAGCCUCCAACCCUCAGGGCAGCCUUACGCUCUAUGUGCUCACGUCUGUGGGCGAGGUUUUCGCUAUAUUUCCUUUCUCCCCCGCGGUUCUUGCAGUUUCGCAUGCCUUUGUCGAGGUUUUAUUUCACGAGGCGGCUCUCAAGGUCAAGGAGAGCUCACAGGAGGAUUCAGAGUCUGAGUACCCCAAUAAGCAGCAAUCAGUGUUGCAGCUCCAUUGGGCGGCCCACUUGUGGAAGCAGGUCGAUUCCAGCACCACAGAAGUACGUGUGGACAACUCCAACGGGGUCUCGGAUAUGUUGUACUUGCUAUCCCCGGAGAAAUUGGGCACCCCGAAGCUCCAAGGCCCACUCGGAAUGUCGCCGUUCCCUCAGAAGUUGUACGACUCACUGGCCACGGAUAUUACUAGCGUUGCCUGCGGCGAAACCACCGUGCUCGCGGUUGCCUUUACCGACGGGGUGCUCAUCUGUGUGCAAAACGAUGAAUUGAGCAUGGCGUGGACCGCCAAGGAAGACAACGAGAGUGACGAUGAAAGCAAUAUCAGCGUGGGUUACGUCAGUCUGGAAGACACUCCGUGUUUGUCUGUAGCAGAAUACAUUGAGUUUCCACUGUGUGAGCUGCUUUCAAUCGCUAAGAGUUCCACACCGUAUGUGUUCUACGUCAUCACCGACACCUUUCUCCAGGUGAACUUUAGCAAAUGGGGGAAAGUGCUCAACAAUGCGAUCGUUGAGAGCAAGCCCGGACUCUUCAUAGCUUUGUUGUCUGCGCCCCUUGAGACGGAGUUGCUGGUGGUCAGAGAGGCCCGGGAUGGCGAAACUGCCGCCCAGGCGAUGCUUCUCGGGAUUUGCGAGUUAGGCGAGGUGCCAGUGGUUGUUACCGUGGGCGGGAAGUCGGUUGAAAUCGUAGAGGCAUACCCAAAACCCCCCGUCGAUGGGUCCAAAGCUCGAGCUCCGAUUCUCGCUAAAUCCGAUGUGAAGGUCUACGAAACUCUCCUUAGCGGACCCCUCUCGGAAAUCACCCAGCUCCUUGAACAAGUUCAUAUUUCCAACAUCAAGGCUGUUCCCUUGACUACCGAUAAGACCCAAGCUAUCUCGGGAACCCCCCACGAAGACGUGGUCAGCGAUUUCAAUGCCGUAUCCCAGGCCACCAUCCAACAGGUGAUUAACUUGCACAAGGUGGGCUUGGCGCUUUACCACCGCUUGAUCGACCAGCAGCGCGAGUUACGCCGUCAGGUCGAAACUGUGGCAGACCUCAGUGUUAGAGACAAAGUGUUAGAGAAAGUGGCAUCGAAGACCGACAAACAGGCUGCUGUGACCAGAAUCGACACCGCGGUCAAGAGACAGGCGGAGUUGGUGGAGCGUUUGGCCGGCCUCGAACAGAAGGUACAGGGCUACGUGGCAAAACAGCGCGCAGAAAUGCCCAUUAGUAGCAGCGAGGUUGCCUGGUUCAAGGAGAUUAACGACGUUAAUGCGGUGUCAGGUGUUGCUGGGUUCAAGACGAGACUUUCUGGCUUGGAGCAACAGUUCGAGAAUAUUAAGCAACACGUAGCGAGGCCCGCGGUAGCGCCGCCGGUGGAGGAUGUGCACAGGUUCAACAGCUUGAAGAUGUAUUUGGAUGAGGAGCAAGCGUUGAUGCUGUAUAUGGAGGUGAUUUUGAAGCAGGGUUUGGAAACGUUGGGGCUGUUAGGGCUCUGAGUGAGGGAGUGUAGCUUUAUCUCGUAAGAGCUUUCCUCAUCAAUAUACCCCCCAAAAAUUCAUCUUGAAGUGAAUUAUUAUCAUUACUAAACCGUCGGUAUUAGUUGUAGUUAUACAGGUAUGCUUUUAUUCAGCCAUCUAUGCCGAGUUCUUUGCCUAUGAACAUAAUUUGAUGUAUGACUUGAAACCGAGAUUUAGAUUUCAC